UUCAAACUUUUCCAUUCUAUAUCCUGCACUAUGAAGACGUUGGUGGCGCUGCUUUUGCUUGGCUUGGUUGUGGCCGGGUUUGCGCACGAAGAGGAGGACGUCUCACAUAAUUUCGAUGAAGAGAUUCCGGAAAAUGCAAGAAUAAAGCGGUGGCUUUUUAAGGAUAAAUGCAAAGUGGACAGUGACUGCAAACCAAAUCAUUGCUGCGAGAAGUCGUGGUUCAGGAAAAAAUGUCAUCGCAUGAGACAUCUUCACCAGCUCUGCUCCACCAGCCCACGCGCAAGCUGUUACCACGCAUGCGCGGAAGGUCUCGAGUGCCGCACAUUCUCUGCCAAUUGGCCAAUACCUCGACACCAAAGAUGCGUCAUCAAGCCGACCCAGGCCCCAACAACCGAGCCAGGAUCCGGGGAUUUCGAGUGAAUAUCCAAGAAUGCAGUACGGGCCCUUCAUUAGAUUGUUUCCUUACAAUUCAUUGGAUGAAAUAAUAUGGUGAACAGUUGGAACGGUUGGAAGGGUCUUAACCAUUUAGAAUGGUCUUAAAUAAAAAUGUCAUAAAACAC